AAAAAAAAAAAAGAAUCCUGCAUUCAAGUCCUGACUUCCUGAAUGAUCAGCUGAGGGACCCUGGGCAAGUGAACCUCGUCUCAACUUUUGUGUUGAAUCAAUGAGCUAAAGCAGAGAAAGUGCUCAACACGCUGCCUGGGCUGGAACCACUCGAUAAAUGGAAGUGACUGCUAUAGUUUUUGCCCUGAUGGAGAACACGAUAGAUCAGGGCAAGCGGAGGGGAGCAGACCUGGAGGACAGGGCUGGUGACACUGGCCAGGGAGGGCCGGGAGAGCAGAGGGGAGAGGGGAAGGCAAGAGAAGAGGGGAGGCAGAGGUAAGGGGCAGGGAGGGAGGGCGUGGCUGGAGCAGCACCACCGGCUGGGGCCCCAGAACCUCUCAGGGGCUGUCCCCCGCCAGCAGCUCCCCUGCCCUCACCUCCUUCUCCCUGCCAGGUGCCAAUGGAUUUCCCUGCUGUGGCAAGGAGUCGGUGGACACUGCGGAGUCACAGUGAGAACCAGUCCCCCAUCAUCGCAGGACCUCUCCCCAGCCCUCCGAGAUCACCAACCCUCACCAGCUGCCCCAGCUGCCAAGUUUUCACAUCCCCACCAGGAUCCCCCUCUGUCUUGCCCAUUUCCAAAAUCUUCCCAAAGGCAGUAUCUGGGCCAAAAGACAGUGAGGUGGGGGGUAUCACCCCCCCCCAUUUCUGCCUCCAGCCCCUGUUAUGGGAGGAGGACUGGGGUGGGAGGGGCAUGGAUGGAACCUGGCCUCUUAUGGCUGCCUUUCUCUAAGGACAGAGCUCUGUCCGAGAUGAGGGUGGGCAGGUGCCUAAGGUGGGGUGGGCACAAUGGCUGAGCACCGAGGGCAAUGGCCAAGAUGGCAGCAAACUACCCACAAGAACCAAGGGCACCCUCCACACCUCAGCAUCUCAGAUCUGCCAAGCUGGGAUUGUGCAGGUCUGGGAGAGGGUGUUGCUCUGGGCUUCUCCGUCUGCAGGGGGCUGCCUUCAGGGCACUGGCUCGCUGGAAUGCUGGAUUAAAAUGAAGAUUCCUGGGCCUCACCUCCAACCAGCAGGAUCCCUCUUUGCGGGUGGGGAGGGGGGCAACUUGCUAAGUUCUAGGUGCUUCCUGAACUCACUGAAGUUUGAGACUCUGGAAUUCUUGGUGGGAGUGGGCACAGCAGGGGGGUGAGCUGGGGGCCUCUUGCCAGCCUUCGCACAAGGCAGGGGGCUUUCAGGGCUCCGGAGACCCUCACUUGAAGCCACCCCAUCCACCCCAUGGAGUGCUGUCACCCACUCUGUCUCCUUCUGUCUUAGGAGAAUCUACAGCCAGCUCCAGCUGGAAGAUGAAGAUGAGAUGGAGGUAACAGUGGGUGGUGUCACCUCUCAUGAGGAGGCGGGAAGCAAGGGGCAGGGCUCUUCGAGCCCAUCCUCUCUAAAGCCUGACCAGCACCUACCCCUUGACAAUUCUGGGACCCUAGUACCAGGCCAGUGCUGGCACAAACAGGCACACCCACCCAUACCACCCCCUUGCCCCACCACCACCCCAUCACUUCCAAGAGACAAGUGUGGGGGCGGGGGGAGUGAGCACAAGAACAAGGGGGACAGGGCAAGGAAUGGGUGACAGGGAGGACCUCAGGGGCACCCAGGUCCUUAGCUUUCUACUGAAACCUUUCAGCUGGAGAAAGAAUUGCUAGAGCUGGAGCUCCCAUACAAAGAGGUCCUGAACCCAGACCCUAAACUGGGGCCAGAAUGGAAGCCCCAGGCCUUCAAGCAGCCGGAGCUGUGCUCAGGGGUCGUAGGCAAGCCUGAGGUCAAGCCGAAGGCAGAGCCCAAGUUGCAGAUGGCCAACCUGGAGCCCUAUAAUGAAGACCCGAAGCCCCAGGGACCUAGGUUAGAGUCCCUCCACCCCCACCCAGAGGGGCUAAGGCAGAAGGACAUCAGCCAGUGGAGUACUAAGUCCAACUCCAGCUACCUGGGUUUCGCAGAGGAGGAAAAGGUGUUGUCCCCCGACCAUCGCUCCAUCCGUGUCCAGACCUCCAGGCACCUCUUCUGGUCAGACAAGCUCAUCCAGGCCUCAGAACACAGCCUGCAAGAGAAGACCCAGAAGAGCCCAACCAGGACCUCGAGACACCCAAAGAAGCCCUCGAUCUCCAAGGAUACCUUGUGCUCCAAGAAGCUGCUCCAGGACCCCAGUGACCAGCCCGCUCCUCCAGACUCAGGCUCCCCCCAGCCUCCCAGCCCAGACCCGCCCAGCUCCCCACAAACCAUCGGCUUGGCAGAGCUGAUCAACUUGGCAUCCUCCCUGGCUGUGGCCUCCUCCAGCAAGACGGACUUGCCCAGCUUGAAGCACCUGAUCAAAGCCUCACCCCAGAAGGCUACGGAGCCUUCUGCAGAGGCCACCACGGACGAGCCAAAGAAGGAAAAGCCCAGCCAGGACUUGCCACCAGAGAAACCGCUAGAAACCAGGGAGCUGCCGAAAGCUCCCAAGGAGGAAGACAGGCGUUUACCUCACCCUUACCUUGACUUCAGCAAGCCGGGGUUCAAGAGGGCCACCAUUGAAGGAGAAGUGAAAUUCCUCCAGUCCCCGAACAUGUCCCCUCAGCCGCAAGGAGCUGAAAAAGAGUGAGUGAGAGGCUGGCCCAUGGCUUCCCCCAGGAGCGGGCUGCAACGGGGAUGGGUAGGGGGUCCACUCCUCACAGGGCCCCGGGGGGUGGUGGGGGCGGAUAGUGGAAUGAGGGCCCGGCUAGGGGAUGGGGUGGGAUGUGAUGUCUCCACCUCAUUGACCUCAUAAAGGCUGCUGGGAACAAGGUUCCAAUGGGCUGAGGCACAGAGCCAAGGCCAGGGCUGGAGGAGGCCCCGGGGACCAUGGAGGGUGAGUGCUCCAGGGCUGGGGCAGGGACCUGGGGUCAGAGUGGGAACUAGGACGCCAUUCUGGCAUCAGGAACUUCCCACCCAGAGCGUAGAUGCCUCCCCCUCACUGGAAAUGCCAGUGGCCACCUUCCUGAAAACACCAUGUCCCCAGCCCUGGGCCCAGGACACCUACCUCCAUCAAGCCGGGAAGGAGGGACCCGGGUUCUCCAGCGCCUGUGCUUCCUGGAGAUAAUGAACACAGCAGAACUCCCAUCAGCCCGAGGCCGGAAGAGGCCCUCUUAGCCCCAGGGCCUUCCUCGGAGAGGCCUCUGGGCUCAGCCCUCUCCCUUGACCCUCCUCUGGGGCCCAAGUGACACUCUCUCUUUUGCGUUGCAGCUCAGUGCCGGGAACCAAGAAAGGGAGUCCAUUAUUGCUGAAAAUCCAUUUUAAGCUGUCGUCCCCCACUUCCCCAGAGAAAUGACUAGACAAAAUGAGUAAAGCCUCCAGUGCUGGCCCCUGGCUCAGACUUUUUGUGCAAACGCUCCUGGACC